UAACACUCUUUUUUGGCUCCAUGAAAAUCUCUUCCCCUCACUCCUUCAAUCUAGCCUCUUUUUCUCCUUUCCCAAUUCUCACGUACAGACCUCUCUCUCUCUCUCUCUCUCUCCUUCAACGUAUUCAAUGGCGGCUCUUCAAUUCUUCGCUGUUUCAGCCGCCUGUUUCAGGUUGUAGUUCGUACCUGAGGAGGCAUGGUUUCUCCGCCGAUGGAGGAGCCUGGACAAUUGAAGCGCGCGAUGAUUGAUUCGACUGCUGGCGCAAUUGCUGGUUGUGUAUCUCGGACGGUCACGUCUCCUCUCGACGUGAUUAAGAUCAGGUUUCAGGUUCAACUUGAGCCGACAACUUCAUGGGCGUUGGCUCAAAGAAGUUUAUCUGGACCAUCAAAAUACACUGGCAUGGUCCAAGCAACAAAGGAUAUUUUCAGAGAGGAAGGCUUACCGGGUUUUUGGCGUGGUAAUGUUCCUGCUCUGCUCAUGGUUAUGCCAUAUACAGCUAUACAAUUUACCGUUUUAAAUAGACUGAAAACAUAUGCCGCUGGUUCUUCUAAGACAGAGGCCCACAAACAGUUGAGUCCAUAUCUCUCUUAUAUUAGUGGGGCACUGGCGGGGUGUGCAGCAACCGUUGGAUCAUAUCCAUUUGAUCUUCUUCGAACUAUACUGGCUUCACAAGGUGAACCGAAGAUAUAUCCAACCAUGAGGUCUGCAUUUAUUGAUAUAAUCCGAACCCGGGGGUUUCGAGGAAUGUAUGCUGGAUUGUCACCUACACUUGUUGAGAUUGUUCCAUAUGCGGGUCUACAAUUUGGCACUUACGACACAUUCAAGCGAUGGACUACAUCGUGGAACCUCCGCCACUACCCUAAUUACGGACUAGGUAAUACAGAAGAUGGCCUCUCAAGCUUCCAACUUUUUCUUUGUGGAUUGGCUGCUGGCACAUGUGCAAAACUCCUCUGUCAUCCACUUGACGUGGUUAAGAAAAGAUUUCAGGUAGAAGGGCUACGAAGGCAUCCAAGAUACGGUGCAAGAGUGGAACAACAUGCUUACAGAAACAUGUUUGACGCUUUGAGACGAAUUUUGAAAAAGGAAGGAACUGCUGGGCUUUAUAAAGGCAUAAUUCCCUCAACAGUGAAAGCUGCUCCCGCUGGCGCUGUUACCUUUGUGGCUUACGAGAUUACUUCUGAUUGGCUUGAAUCUAUUUUAACUACUUGAUCAUUUAUUCUCUAACCUUUUUUUUUCACUUUUUUACCUAAAUUCUUUUCUCCAGGUUUCAACUAUAGAAUGCCCCCAACAUAGAAAAAAGAUAGGGCUAUGGCAUUUUUUGUUUUGUUUACAUCCAUUUAGAUUUUGAGUUUAAUGUAGAGAUGACGGUGCUUUCCACAUAGAAAUUUUAUCGAAAGCACAAAAUAAACCUCGAAGGUUUAUUCUCCGAAGUCGUGAAGAAUUUAUUCAGAUUUUUAUUAUGAAUGAACAUCAAUCAAACUAACACUUUUUUGUU